CGGACAUCUUCUGUCGCUCGUCCGCGCUCACGGAGGUACCAAGCGCUCACCUCGCACCUGGGAACUUUAGCGUCGCCAGGGCAGUGAUGUCAAUCGCUCUCACAAGAGCCUCGGUAGACAGAUAGUCAUCAUGGCUUGCGAUGCAUCCUGUAUACAAAGCCCUCUUCGUCUCGGGAGCCUGGUCGAUCCCCUCAAUCCUCGGCUCCUCUGAACGAACAGACAACAGAUAUGUCUUUGAGCCUACUUCGUCGUGCCGCGCAUGAUCUGCAUACUCUGUAUCUCUUCACGAGGUCCGACUUCAAAUCCAUCCUUUUUCCUAUCUCCGUCUUCGCCCUCUUCACGGUUGCAUACGAUGUAUCGCUGACGACCACAAGGGUCUUGUCGACGGUGUUCUGGGUUUGGAUUCACCUCCUCCAGUUCUGCGUUUCGAAUCAGACGCUCUCAUCCGACGAGGACGCGCAAAACAAGCCUUGGAGACCACUCCCCGCGCAGAGGAUAGCUCUUCGUGAUGCACUCGUGCUGCGAUGGGCAUUGCUGCCCAUCUGCGCGCUCAUCUGCGUCGCCUACGAUCUCAAAUUCAUCGCGUUAUGGUUCCCCUUCGGCGUCAUUAUGCACAAUGAGCUGAAGCUCGACUCACACUGGCUCACGCGGAAUGUGCUCAACGCACUUGCGUACUGCACCUUCGACAUCGGUGCGACUUCUGUGGCCCGUGGCGAGUACCACGGCUUCGCUUCAAAGAAGGCCUUCAACACCCACAUCUUAACCUUCCUAAUCGUCCUCACGACGGUCCAGGCUCAGGACUUUCGAGACGAAGAGGGCGACCGCACCGCAGGCCGACGCACCAUCCCCAUCGUCUUCCCGCGGUUCGGACGCCCCACCAUGCUUCUUGCCAUGAUAUUCUGGUCCAUUUACAUCGCCACGCAGUGCGAGCUUCCGGCCCUCCUUGCCUCGGCCAUCCUGGCGGGCGGCGCCUUCGUUGGAGUGAGGUUCUACCUCUUGACAGACGCCGCCUCCGACCGCAAGUCGUACCUGUACUACAACAUAUGGCUCGCCACCGUGCGGAUUGCGCCUUUCAUCCGCGUUUGAGGAACUGUAGAUUGGGGGGCAUACAGCGAGGUUGCAUGCAACGGCGAAGACGGAAGGGGUUCAUUAGAGCUUGAUUGCAUUUGUAUUGUCUGCGGAACUGCUCUGUAUCGGCCUGGUAUUGUCCUGAGAACGGCUAUGCAGGACUCAAUAGAUGUAUCUUGACUUCAA